AAGGAAGAAUCAUCUAAUUCUGGCCCGUCAAAUUCCAAUCCUUAUGUGAGCUAUGAUAUGUUUACUCUCUCUCUCUCUCUAUAUUUAUUUGUCUAAGUGAAAACUAGAGAUUAUACGCGACUUAGGUCCUGUUGCACUCUUUCAUUUGAAAAUAUUUGCAACAAAACUCAGCCCAGAUUUUAUUCCACAAUGUCGAGUUUGUUUUCAGUGCUUCGGCGUCAUCCCAUUUUGACGACUGCCACGGCAGUUGUGAUUGCAGCGAUGUCAACCUCUGCUUAUCGAGACUAUGGGGUUUUUAUAUCCUAUGGGCCCGGUGGACCUCCUCACAAUGCACUCGGCUGGUUCAUGUCCCGGUUUCUUGCUACACCUUUUGGACAGGAGAUGUUUAAUACUGGGAUGUACACACGAAGGAUGCAGAAUGGUGAGAACGCAUCUUAUAUCAUCCUUACAGAUGGUGGUCAGCUUCCUCGUCGCCAUGGAGAAAGACCGGUUAUUGGACCGCAUGUUGUUCCACAGAGACAACUUAGUCAGAUGCCCAGCGCCAAUAUACAAAAACAGGAUUUCGUGGCGGAUUUCUAUGCCCUAGCCGGCAAAAACUCUCACAUAAUCAAAGUCGCACGUUCAAAAGCCGAAAGACAAAGCGAUGCCAUGUCGCUCGUUGACAGCGUUCCUCGCACACAAGAAGCAUCCCAAACGGGAGGCGAAAUCGCGCACAUCCAUGAGACAGGCGAUCAUUCUCUUCACGUCAUACUUUCUCCAGCCGAUGCAAAACAGGUCAUUGAUGCCGGCUGGGGUCAGCGUCAUGCCUUCUCAGGAUGGAGGCCUUGGGGUGGCAUCUUUGAAAAAAUUGUAGACAUUCCAGCGACAUAUUUGCUAAUAUAUGCACCGAGGACAUCGGAUGAGACUCAAAUAAUCCUAGAAAUUGUCAAGGCUAGUAUGCGAUAUAUGAGUUUGGGUGCAGAGAUAAUCUCUUAGAAAUUGAGCGACUACCUAGAUAGUAUAUACUUAAAUUAUAUGUGCAGCCGCCUCUGUUCCUUCUGUCGGCUUGCUGGGUUAACUU